CUUAUUCCACUAAGCUCAACAAAUUUCCUGUAUUUAAUAUUAAUGAUGACUUGAAUGAUCUGUGUACCAGUGCAGUAAGCCCAAAUACUACCAAAGCCACGCGGUACGCCUUGAAUGUGUGGCGAUAUUGGUGCAUGACCAACGGGCUCAAAGACCACACAGACAUCACCAAGAUCCCUGCAGUGAAGUUGAACGAGCUGCUCGAGAACUUUUAUGUCACCGUUAAGAAGAGCGACGGCUCAGACUUCCUGGCCACCUCGCUCCAUGCUAUUCGCCGAGGCCUGGACCGCAUCCUGAAGAAUGCAGGUGUCGGCUUUUCCAUCACCAGCAGCACCUUCAGCUCCUCCACCAAGAAACUGAAGGAGAAGCUGUGGGUGCUGAGUAAGGCAGGCAUGUCGGGCGCGCGUUCUCGCAACAUCGUCUACUUCUCCCUUUCUGACGAGGAGGAGAUGUGGCAGGCAGGGUGUCUGGGGGAUGACAGCCCUAUCACUCUCCUGUCCACUGUGGUCAAGUACAACAGCCAGUACCUGAACAUGCGGACGCUGCAGGAGCAUGCGGAUCUGAUGUACGGUGACAUCGAGCUGCUCAAAGACCCCCAAAACCAGCCCUACUUUGCCCGGACAGACAGCGUCAAGCGGGAGAGUCGGAGCGGCUCCACCAGAGUGUGUCAUGGGAAAAUCUACCAUGAGCAUUCCCGGGGACACAAACAGUGCCCUUACUGCCUCCUCUACAAGUACAUGUACAUCCACCGGCCGCCCACCCAAAUGGAGGCCAAGUCCCCCUUCUACCUGACUGCCAGGAAGGAGGCCACAGACAUGGGCAGCGUGUGGUAUGAGGAGCAGAGGAUGGGGCUGCGCUCUCUUCGGGGAAUUGUCCCAAACUUAGCCAAGAAGGUCAAGCUGGAAAACUGUGAGAACUUCACCUUUGUCUCGUUCACUCAGGUCUCCCGGAGGCUUGGCUCCCACAGCUGCUGCCAGUGAGCCCUCCCUGGGGCCUGGCCACUGCCCUGUCACUUGCUCAGUGGGCUCUCCCUCGACCGGCCAGGGCUGGAGCAGCUGGAGCUCCUCGGAGGCAGGGGCUGACCAGGUGUGACCUCCCGGUCUGGCGGCUCUCCCCUGGUGUGGCCUGCUCUCCCUUUGACUUGGGGUUUGCUUUUUAAAAUGAAACUAGAUGAGUCUAAAUCAUUCGGAUGGUUUAUCCAAAUGUGCGUCAACUUUGUUAGCUUUUAGAAUCUAACACAAUGUAUAAUUGCUACAUACAAGAGUGAGGAAAUUCAUUUUCUCUAGUGCCUUUCUAGCACAGAUUUUCUCAAAAAAAAAAAAAA